AUGUCUGGAGAUAAGCAGGAUCAGCAUUUAGCGGACAAGGUCGACAAACUGCGCCUUCAAGAAGGUACAGAGUCUGUCAGCGGUGAAGUUGAAGCUGUUGACAGCUCUGGGGAGGCUGUCCGAUCGAUGUCUUCUGCCACUGAUGAUGAGGACGAUGACGAUGAUAAUGAUGAUGAGGAGGAGGAUGAAAGUCCUAUGGUUAAGGCCAUUAGAGUCGAAGAAGAGAUGAAAAAGAAAGAAUUCGCCCAUAUUGAAAAGACUUAUGGCAUGACUGAGAUUCCUGACUCUACUCCGCAGAUUCUCCCCGCCGAUAGUGAACUUACUGAAGAUGUGCCCCUUGACACAGACUACAUUGAUUUGGUUCAUAUGAAGAUCCGGUCUUUGGAGUCCUUGGGUCUAGACCGCUUUUCAAAAUUGGAAAGUCUUGUCCUCAGAGACAAUUUGAUUGAGUCUCUUCAUGAGUUUAAACUUUUGACUUGCAAAGAUUGUUUGGAAGAGCUUGAUCUUUAUGAUAACCGAAUUAAGCACAUCUCCAAACAUAUCAAUGAACUGAUUAAUUUGAAGAGUUUGGAUCUUUCAUUUAACAAUUUGAAGCAUGUUAAGCACGUCGACAAGUUGACCAAGUUGGAAAACUUGUAUUUUGUGCAGAACAAGAUCCAUUUCAUUGAGAAUUUGGAAGGUUUGAAUCACUUAAAGAAUUUGGAGUUUGGUGGUAACCACGUUGAAAGAAUAUCUGAGACCAUAUUGAAGUUACCUUCUUUAGAGCAGCUCUGGUUGGGUCAAAACAAAAUUACAAAGCUUGAAAACUUGGAUAAUUUGAACAAUUUAAAGAUAUUAUCGAUUCAGUCCAACCGUAUUGACCACAUCGAAGGAUUGGAUAAACUACAAAGUUUGGAAGAACUUUAUCUCUCCCACAACAAGAUUACAAAACUACAAGGUUUGGAGAAAUUGUCCAAUCUAAACGUGUUAGAUAUAACAGGAAAUAAAAUCUCAAGGAUCGAAAAUAUGAAGGAGCUCAAGAAUCUCACUGAUUUCUGGGCCUCGUAUAAUUUGAUCGAUUCCUUCGACAACCUCCAUGAAGAAUUGGGCUGUUUACCAAAGUUGGAAACGGUUUAUCUUGAAGGUAAUCCAAUCCAGCGGAAUAACUCGACUCAGUAUAGAACUAAAGUCAGAUUAAACCUCGGCAAGUCGCUUAAAAAGAUUGAUGCUUUGUACAUUGCGUCCAAUCAAAUGGUUCUUUAG